CCGCCGCUGCAGUUCCCGGGGCGCCACAUGGACCGGGCCAGUCCGAGCGCGCUCCGCCACUGACUGCCCGCCCGCCCGCCAGCACCCCGGCCCGGGGAAGGCAGAGAACUCCUGGCCACACUUGCAUGUGAGUUCUGACCCUUGGAGGAGCCACUGAGGAAUCAAAGCCAUCGUCAUGGAGUUCGUGAUGAAACAGGCCCUGGGAGGGGCCACAAAGGACAUGGGGAAGAUGCUUGGAGGCGAUGAGGAGAAGGACCCUGACGCAGCCAAGAAGGAGGAGGAGCGCCAGGAGGCCCUGCGUCAGGAGGAGGAGGAGCGCAAGGCCAAGUACGCCAAGAUGGAGGCCGAGCGUGAGGCCAUGCGACAGGGCAUCCGAGACAAGUACGGCAUCAAGAAGAAGGAGGAGCGCGAGGCGGAGGCCCAGGCCGCCAUGGAGGCCAAUUCGGAGGGCAGCCUGACAAGGCCCAAGAAGGCCAUCCCGCCGGGCUGUGGGGACGAGCCAGAGGAGGAGGACGAGAGCAUCCUGGACACGGUCAUCAAGUACCUGCCCGGGCCACUGCAGGACAUGUUCAAGAAGUAGCGACCCUGCGCUGGACGGCAGCCCGCCCGCGCCGGGAGCCCCCAACCCCAUCGCCCCGAUCUCCCACUUAGCCCCUGCCCGUGCCCUCCGGAGGCCCCUGAAGGGAUGUCGGGAGCAGAGUGCAGCCCCCCCAACGCCAAUAUAAGCCAUAGUCCUAGAUCUGUCAGCCCCUGUCCCCCUCACACCUCGGGAGCCUACGCACCUCUCACUUCCACCCUCUCCCAGCACCGCCAUCGCCACCGCCCCCGGGGGCAGGGGCGGCCGCCCCUCCCCUCGGCCCCUGCGGUCUGUGCUGCCGGCACCCCCGGGGGCCGGCCCACGUGCUCCUCUGGGUUGGACCCUCCCCCAGAGCCUGGGACGUCCCUUACUGCUCCCGCCCUUCACACCCACCCUGCAGUGCCCAAGGCCAGGGCCACCGAAAGGGCCAGCAUCUCGACCACCCCUGGGUGCGCCGUCCCUGCGUUGGUGGGCGCUUGUCCGGUCCCAAACUCAGGAGCACAGCCAUAGUGGGGGGAAGGCGGGCGUGCAGGCUGGGAGAGGAGCUGGGAGGGGCGAGCAGCCUCACCCUUGGGACAGGGGUGGGAAGACCCCCAUCCCUGCGGUUACACCUGGGCUGCAGGAUCUCUAAUCUUCCUGUCUGAAGGUUGCCCACCUCCACCGGCCACCCCCCUCACAUUCAUUGUCCAUCUGUCUCUCCAUGUCCUUCACUCUCCCUUCUCGGCCCACUCCUCUGGAAGGCUUUGCUUCUUAUCAAUACCAAGACCCGUUUCUCUUCUAAACUGAGGGAAACAAAGCAAUAGGCCUAGGGGGAAAUUUCUCAGACCCGCCCCCCACCUGCCCUCCCCGCCCAGUGCGGAAUACACACUGACCCUCACACACCCCUGUAACUCUGCCCCGGAGUCCGAGGGCCCGGCCACCCCCCUCCCUGGCUGGCACCUCUGGUCUAACCCCUGGAGGCUGCUCUGAAUGGGGGGAUCCCCUGCCGCCUCCCUCUGCACCCCGCCGUCCCCCUCCC